ACAGCGCGAAGUCUCGCCUGCACAUUUUGAACUGCGCAUCUUGCGUCGCGCGAGGAGGGAGACGUACAGCGACCUCGACAUGGCAGACGUCUCGCCCAUCGACGAGGAGGCCAAGCUGGACGAGUCCGCCAAGUCCGACACCGACGACACGUCCCAGGAAACACCCAACGGCGUGAAGACGGAUGGUGAAGAGACCAAGUCCCCCAAAGAAAAGCAGGAUGCUAAAGAGAAAUCCUCCAGCAACAGAAGAGGAAGCCGCUUUCAUCCCUACAAAGAGAAACAUGGUGGAGAAAAGAAGGGUGCUCAUAGAAAUCGGGUGUUCAUCAGCAAUAUUCCCUAUGAUAUGAAGUGGCAGGCAAUUAAAGAUCUAAUGCGUGAGAAAGUUGGUGAGGUUACAUACGUGGAGCUCUUUAAGGAUGCAGAAGGAAAGUCAAGGGGUUGUGGAGUGGUGGAGUUCAAAGAUGAAGAGUUUGUGAUGAAGGCGAUAUUAACCAUGAAUAAGCACGAGCUGAACGGAAGGCCACUCAACAUCAAGGAGGACCCGGAUGGGGAACAUGCCCGGCGUGUGUUGCAACGCAUAGGAGGAGGUCAACCAGGAAGUCGCGGGCAGGACAUGGGGCCCGGUGGGAUGAACCUUCCACCCUCCAUCGCCAACAACCCCAACAUCCCACCUGAGGUCAUCCAUGCACUGCAGGCUGGACGACUGGGCACCACAGUGUUUGUGGCCAAUCUGGAUUUCAAGGUAGGCUGGAAGAAGUUAAAGGAGGUGUUUUGCAUGGCGGGUGUGGUGAAACGUGCCGACGUAAAGGAGGAUAAAGAUGGCAAGAGCCGGGGGAUGGGAACAGUGACGUUUGAGCAGUCACUGGAGGCUGUGCAGGCCAUAUCCAUGUUCAACGGACAGAUGCUUUUUGAUAGACAGAUGCACGUCAAAAUGGAUGAAAAAUCUGUUCUCCCUGACGAUUUCCGUCAAACUGAAAAAGCAGCUCAGUUACCGAGGGGCCUUGGUGGUAUCGGCAUGGGACUGGGGCCAGGCGGGCAGCCUAUUAAUGCUAACCGUCUGAGCGGUGGAGGAGGCAUGGGAUCCAUGGGGCCUGGAGGUAUGGAUGCUUCAGGUUACGGUGGAAUGAACAGACUCGGAGGAGGAAUGACUGGUGGUGGUGGUGGUGGUGGGGGCUUUGGGGGCAUGGAUAGCAUGGGCAACAUGGGAGGCUUUGGAGGGAGAGACAUGACGCCAGUUGGUAGGAUGGGAGAUAUGUACCGAUCAGGGCUGGGUGGAAUGGAUCGGGACUUUGGCCACAGUGACAUGCCAGUGAAUCGAGGGUUCGGGGAUUCUUUUGGAGGAAUGGGUGGAGGUUAUGGAGGAGGCAUGGGCAGUGGUGGCAUGGGGCACAUGGGGACUGGAUUAGGUGGCGGAAUGGGCAACAUGUCAGUGGACCGAAUGGGCUCCGGCUUUGACCGCAUGGGCAUGUCAGGGAUGGACAUGAACCGUGGCUUUGUAGGCUAUGGAGGAGGUGGGGGGCCGAGCCACAUGGGUGGAGGCAUGUCCGACAGAGGCUCUGGUUCCAAAGCAGGCUGUCAGAUCUUUGUUCGAAAUCUGUCCUAUGAUCUUACGUGGCAAAAGCUGAAAGAGAAGUUCAGUCACUGCGGCCAGGUGAUGUUCGCAGAGAUCAAGAUGGAGAACGGGAAGUCGAAGGGCUGUGGAACUGUGAGGUUCGACUCGCCGGAGAGUGCUGACAAGGCCUGCAGGAUGAUGAAUGGAACCAAGAUCAACGGCCGAGAGGUCGAUGUGCGUAUCGAUCGCAACGCCUAGAGCUCAUGUAGGAGUCAUUCUAACACACUUCCACAUUCAGCCCCUUUUUGCCAAUGAGCUUUUGUUUUGUUUUAAAAACACUACUUCAUAUCUCCCACAUGUCCACUGUUUCAAAUGUGUUUUUUUUGUUUGUUUAUAUAUACUUCAUAGCUCUUUUAUCUUUGUUUUGUAAACUCUUUUUAAUUUGUCUGGCAAAUAAAAAAAAUUUGAACAAAUAAACUUUUUAAUUUUUAAAACCUGCUGGUUGUAAAAAUCUGAGAUCAAAGUUCUUCAGUGUGUAAAGUGAACCUGAAGUGUUUUAUUGCUCAACACUGCCAUACAGUGGCCCCUCUGAAAGUUGGGAAAUACCACAAUGAUUACAAAAGCAGCAAUUAAAGUAAAGUUGGAAGUUUUUUUUUAAAUUCCCAAAGCUUAAAGGUUUGUGGUAGAUUUAGCAGGAACGUAUUGUUAUUUUGAAUCAUUUUUGCAUCAUGGUGUUGGUGAACACCGGUGUCUGAAGUUCAUGUAAGCUUUGCGGAGUUAAUUAUAAACAACUGAUAAAAAGGUUAGUCUUUCAACUUGAGGUAACCAACAGGCAAGUGGAAAUUUUCUUGUUUGUUCUUCACUAUUUAUGACUUCAUUCCAAAACUCUUCCUUACAGGAAAUAAGGACUUGCUCAUAAAAGCUUAUGACACUUUGAA